CGCGGAAUCACGCUACUUCCGGCGCGAGGAGAUUCAAAGUAACGGCGGGCGGUGACCCCGAGCGGCGGGUCUCCUUCAACCUGGCGUCCUGCUCUCGGAUCUUCCCUAUGGAUCUGAUUCGGAACUUCCACGGGAAACUGCGGUCUCUGGCCGUCACCCUAGACAGCGAGACCGUCCGGCUGCAGCGAGCGCUGAACCGAGAGGAAAACGACUUUGAAGAUUAUCCAAUGAGAAUUUUACAUGACCUUCGUUCAGAAGUCCAGAUUCUAAAGGAUGAUGUCAUUAUUCUUCUUGAUAAAGUGUGUUUGGAAAGUCAAGAAAACAUUGGUUUCAUAAAGGCAACAAAAAUACUGAUGAAAAAAAAUUCAUUGGAUAUCAUGAAAAUUAGAGAGUUUUUCCAGAAGUAUGGAUAUAAUCCACGUGCCAAGAAAACUUCAGUGGAUGAACAAGAAGUCACUGACUUUAAGCCAGAGUCUACUGAGCAUGAAAAUGUUAAGAAGUCUGAUGUGAAGGAUGAUUUGUCUGAUCCUGCUAUUUUAGGCAGUUCUGUUUCUGAGAAAUCUCCACGAAGUCCACAACUUUCAGAUUUUGGACUUGAGCGGUACAUGAUACCCCAAGCUUUGCCAAGCCCUCUACAGGUGGUAAACAACCAUAAGGAAGAGCCAAAACAUUUAACUCCGUCUUCUACACAAUCACUAGUUAAAGUACCAAAAACUCCAAAAUGUGCCUUAAAGAUGGAUGAUUUUGAAUGUGUGACUCCAAAAUUAGAACACUUUGGUAUCUCUGAAUAUACUAUGUGUUUAAAUGAAGAUUACACAAUGGGACUGAAAAAUAUGAAGGAAAAAAGGGAUGAGACCAUGGAAACAGAACCAAUAAUCAAUAAUUUCACUACCACACCUGGCUGCAUAGUACAACGGUUGGAAAAAAACGAUGCUGAAUAUACAAAUUCCCCAUUGGUACCUACAUUCUGCACUCCUGGUUUGAAAAUUCCUUCUACAAAGAACAUUACAGCUUUGGCAUCCGCAAAUGAUUCAUUAUCAGAAACAAAUUGCUCAUCAAAUGAUUUGGAAAUGAAAGACUGCACAUCAUUAUUUUUAAAUUCGGACGAGUGCUUUCAGAAUUUUGCGGCUCCCUCAUCUCCUAAAAUUUCUUCUUAUGAGAAUCUUCUCAGAACACCUAUACCUCCAGAAGUAACUACAAUUCCAGAAGAUGUUCUGCAGAUUUUAUCAAAAUACAACUCAAAGCUAGCUACUCCAGUAGCAGUUAAAGCUGUGCCAUCCAGCAAAGUGCUCCUUACUAAAUAUAAAGAUCAAAGCAGCCAAGAUGUCGGCAACAAAGAAAACUGGUGAAAAGCUUCCAGCAGAUUCAUUCAAAAUAAGAUGAAAGCAGAGCUGGACUGUCACUCACAUCCUCCUACUUCUUGCCCCCUUUUUAAAAACCAGCCCAUAGGGAAGAUAAGCAUGGACACUGAUGUCAUAGUGUUCUUUUUAAUUAAGCUUUGAUAUAGUUUAAUCACAGUAUUGACAUAUAGUUCAGUUAUUCCAUUUUAAUGAUAAUUACUGUUUCAUUGACUUCAAAUUUGCCCUGCCUAAUCUAACAGUGAUUUAAGAAAUAUUAGCAAGCAGGAUAAAUAAUUUAAAAAUUGUAAAUGUUAGUUUGCUACUCAAAUAAAGUUAUUCCUGAUAUUCUUGGGGCUAAGUGGUUAUUGGUACCCCAUAGAACUGUGCUUCUUCUUUGAUCCUAGCUCUGCUUUUCUGCCCCCACUCAUGGCAAAGCCUUUUGCACCUUUCAUUUUAAUAGGACACUUUUAAAUGACAGCUUAUUUUAGAAGGUGGGAAUAUACAGGUAUACAUAGGUAACUGCAGGGUAAUAGGUCUCAGUUGGAGGCAGGAUGUGUGGAGGUAUUUUCCCCUUUUUACUCCUGCCAUUUUACUUCAUAUGAGUUUCAUCCUUUCAAAUCAGUUCUAUUCACCACAAGGCUGCUUACCUCCCCGAACUCCUCUCUUCAACUUUACCAACCACCAGAGCAUGAGCUAGGCUCUCUGGAAUGUUCUCAUGACUUCCUGGACCAGGUGCCCUUCUGUGGAUUGUCAGCUGUGGCCAGAGGAGACAAACUGAGUGCUUCUAGAACUACUGACAACUGCAGACUUCCCUGGGCAUCACACCCAGAACUUCCCCAUUCACUCUAAUUGGAAAAUAAUUUUGUUAAGCUCAUGAACGUGAUGAACUUUUCAGAUUAAUGUCUUAGGGAAAAUAACAACUAAGUAUAUUGUGCAGACCAGUGAGAAAUUUGAGAAGAAACAUAUGACAAGUAUCAGCACCAGGUAUUUCAAAGGCUCAGUUUGGGAAAUAGGACGCAGUAAAAAUUACCCUUU